UCCGCCUGGAUACAGGUCAUUUGUCUGGCAGUAUUUCGGCUUUCUCAUUAAAAAAGACAAAGACGGCAAUAGAGUAACUGACAAGACUAAGACUGUGUGUAAGCUAUGCAAUGCCGUCACUCCGUACACCACCUCCAACACGACAAACAUGGGCCACCACCUUCAACGUCACCAUAAAGAUGUGAAGAAGGCCCCAGAGAAAACAAACCUACCGAAGGGACAACUGACCAUGAAACAAGCACUGACACCAACUCUACCCCUGUCAAGUCCGCGUGCAAAACAGAUAACCAGGCUCAUUGGCGAGUUCAUAGCGGACUAUAUGGCUCCAUUUAACAUUGUAGAGAACAGAAAAUUCAUCCAAAUGUUCAAGGUGCUGGAGCCCAAGUUUAAGGUGCCAUGCCGAGGACAUUUUUCAGAGAAGGUUAUUCCGGAAAUUUACAAUGAAACCAAACAAAGCGUGAAAGAGUGUCUCAAAAAUGCCGACUGCAUCGCCCUGACCACCGACGGCUGGACGUCGCGUGCAACACAGAGUUAUAUCACCAUCACGGCACAAGUCAUCGACGAGAAAUGGGAGAGUAAAAGCUUUGUGUUGCAAACUCGUGAGUUAAGUGAAAGUCAUACUGGUGUUAACAUAGCUCACGUGUUGAGAAAUGCACUGAGAGAGUGGGAGCUAACGAGGCCACAAACAACCAUCGCUUGUGUCACAGACAACGCAAGCAACAUGGACAUUGCAGUGAGAGAGAGCGGUCUCCAUCCUCACAUCAAGUGCUUGGCGCACGUUGUGAAUCUGGCCAGUAAGCGAGGCUUGGCUGUAUCCCGCGUCGCGCGCCUUCUUGGCCGUGUGCGAAGAGUAACUACAUUCUUUCACAAGAGCACCACGGCCACCGCCGUCCUGGCCAACAAGCAAACCCAGUUGGAGCUGCCUCGGCAUAAGCUCAUCACCGAUGUCCAGACCAGGUGGAAUAGCACGUACGAAAUGCUUGCGCGCUACCUGGAACAACAAGCAGCUGUUUCAGCAGCGCUCAGCAGCCCAGAAAUCCGAAGGAAUGCCAGAGAAAUCGACACCCUGGAUAACACUGAUAUAUCAGAUGUAGAAGACAUAGUGAAACUGCUUAAGCCACUGAAGACAGCCACAACAGUUGUCUGUGAUGAAAAAGAGCCCACUGUUUCACUUAUAAUGCCACUGAAGUACAUGAUCGAGCAAAGCAUGUCACCAGACGAAAAUGACACACAGACCAUCGCCAACAUGAAAAGCGCAAUCCUACGCGACAUCUCGGACCGGUAUUCUGGGGACUGUAAUGAUAUGCUGCAGGAGUGCACAGCGCUUGACCCACGAUUCCGAAGCCUGUCCCAUCUGAAUAAUGAACAACGCGAGUCCGUCUAUGCCCGGAUACGUGAAAAAGCUGCAGGACCUCAUUUGCCACGCAACCAGACCAGUGACACUGAUGAAAGAACAACGAGGGCCAGUGCUUCAACACCAGGAGCAGCAGAGCAGGCCAUGGUCGAGGUUGAGACGGCACAGGGAGCAGAGCCAGUAGAAGGAGAAAGGCAGAUGCAGGAUGUGACACAGCCUCCCCCACCAAAGAAGACAGCGCUAGAAGAUCUCCUUGGGAGCUCCUACACUACUCUUGAGCCAGUGCAGUCCAGCAGAGGGAUUGAAAUGGAGAUAGUCGCCUACAGAAAUGGGAUUCCUAUCCCACUCAACAGUAGUCCACUUGGGUGGUGGAAAGUUGGGCCGUGUGUUUCCUAG